CAGUUGUCAUUCGCCAUCCAAAAAUAAAAAUCCUUUGGCAUUGGUUUUUUUAUACUUUCACUGUCUGUAUAAAAUUAUAAUAAAGCUCAAUAUAAUUAUGCGUUUUAUGCAAAUUAGUAAGUGAGAUGUUGUUUAACGGUCUGGUAAAGACGUUGUCAUGAUCGUUUCACGCGUUUCCAACAAUUCUACACUGGUUUCAAGCAUAUUCCGUCGAUUAUCAUUAUCAAGUGGCGAUUUGCGCGUUUCGACCAAUUCAAAUUUGCAUGUAUGCAAAACGCCAAUUUGUUGUCAAAAAACCGUUGAAGCGACAUUUAGAAAUAGAUCCCUUCUGGGAGGUCAGAGUUUAAUCCCCGUACGUAAAAUGUCAGAGGCCAGCUGCUCGAAGAAGAAAAAGAAUCGAUUGGCCCUCGAGAAGUCGCCUUACUUGCUUCAACAUGCUACCAAUCCGGUCGAUUGGUACCCGUGGGGGCAGGAGGCGUUCGAUAAGGCCAAGAAGGAGAAUAAGCUCAUAUUCUUAUCGGUCGGCUACUCCACCUGCCACUGGUGUCACGUCAUGGAAAAGGAGUCCUUCGAAAGCGAAUCCGUUGCAGAAAUUAUGAAUAAGUACUUUGUCAAUAUCAAGGUGGACAGAGAGGAGCGGCCCGAUGUAGAUCGCCUAUACAUGUCAUUUGUACAAGCAUCGACCGGAAGUGGGGGAUGGCCAAUGUCUGUCUUUCUGACACCUGAUCUAGAACCGCUCGCCGGUGGUACCUAUUUUCCACCCGACGACAUGUACGGGCGACCCGGUUUUAAAACAGUGUUAAAAAGCAUUGCCGAACAGUGGAAGACAAAACAAACCGCUAUUGCUAACUCGGGAAAGCACACGUUGGAAGUAUUGAAAAAAGUGUCAGAGCGUGAAUUAUCGUCCACUCAACAAAUCGAAGUGCCCUCGUCCGAAGCCGGCGCCAAAUGCAUCCAGCAACUUACUCGAUCGUACGAAAGCGAAUACGGCGGCUUUUCGCGCGCGCCCAAAUUUCCGCAGCCCUGCAACUUUAACUUCCUGUUUCACGUUUAUACGCGCAACAAGGAGUCGGAGCAGGGCAAGCACGUGCUGGAAAUGUGUCUGCACACACUUAAAAAGAUGGCGUACGGUGGCAUACACGACCACGUCAACUGCGGAUUCGCGCGGUACUCGGUUGACAAAAAGUGGCACGUGCCACAUUUUGAAAAGAUGCUCUACGACCAAGGGCAGUUGGUCGUUUCGUACUCUGACGCUUACGUCGUGACGAAAGAUAAGUUUUACGCCGACGUUGUCGAUGACAUACUGACGUACGUGUCGAGGGACUUAAGUCACCCUCUGGGCGGAUUCUAUGGAGCGGAAGAUGCCGAUUCGUAUCCGACCGUCGGCGCUAAGCACAAGGAGGAGGGCGCCUUCUGCGUUUGGGAAUUUGGCGAAAUUCAAUCUUUAAUCAAAUCCGAUAAGGAUUUCGAAAUUCUUUGUUACCAUUACAACGUAAAUCCCGAGGGUAACGUAAAUCCGGCGCAAGAUCCCCACGGCGAACUGAAACGGAAGAACGUUCUAAUGGUGUCAGGUUCUUUCGAAACUACGGCCGAACGAUUUAACAUAACUAUACCUGAGCUGAGAGAACUUUUGGAUAGAUGCCACAAGGUACUGUACGACGAGAGGCAAAAGCGGCCCAAGCCACACGUUGACACAAAAAUCGUGACUUCAUGGAACGGCCUUAUGAUUUCCGGUUUUGCAAGGGCCGGAUUCGUGCUCAAGAAUCAAAGUUACAUCAACAAGGCGAUUUUGGCGGCCAAUUUUAUUAGGAAGUAUUUAUACAACGAAGCUGAAAAGACGCUGAUCAGGUGCUGUUACAAAGGGGACGAGGGGGAGAUUGCUCAGAUAUCGACUCCGAUCGAUGGAUUUCUUGACGAUUACGCGUUUUUGAUUCGCGGACUUUUGGACUUGUACGAGGCGUCAUUGGAUUCGGAUUGGUUGCAGUGGGCGGAAACGUUGCAGGAGCAACAGGAUCGACUGUUUUGGGAUUCAGAGGGUUUCGGGUAUUUCACCAGUCCCGAGGGAGAUCCUAGUAUCUUGAUUAGGGGAAAGGAGGGUGAGUAUAAACCAUGUUCGGUGCGUUUAAAGAGCGUCAUUGUACCACAUGUGUCUGGUGUACAACACUUCGACACGAUGUUAUUUCUUUUGGUCGUAAGCAUAUUCUGACAACCGCUUCAGGAA